UAUCGAAAAGAUUAUCGAUCUAUUAACAAAAACAGAAUCGAACAUCGAUUCAUCAGUUGAUUAUCGUCCAUCUCCACUUGAGACGUUCACAGAACAUGCGCAUGUCGUGUCAAGUGUAGUGCGAGGGGAAUAAUAUUUUGGCUUUCGGGGGCCUAAAAUUAGCUGGAAAAUGCAGAAAUUAAAAUUUUCACAAAGGGACAAAGUGAAAAAAUUUAUAACAUUCACACAAACCGGAGAACAAACUGCGAUAUAUUGUUUGGCACAAAAUGAUUGGAAGCUGGACUUGGCGAGUGACAAUUACUUCCAAAACCCGGAGGCUUAUUGCAAAGAACCUAAAAAUUCUGUAGAUAAAAAGAAAUUAGAAAUAUUAUACAGUAGAUACCAAGAUCCAAGUGAACCCAAUAAAAUUACUGCAGAUGGUAUUAUGAAAUUUCUUGAUGAUUUGGGUUUAAGUCCUGAAAGUAAAUUAGUUCUAAUCAUUGCAUGGAAAUUUCGUGCUGAAACACAGUGUGAGUUCACAAAAGAUGAGUUCAUGAAUGGAAUGAUGGAUUUAGGUGUGGACAAUAUAGAUAAACUAAAAGCACGUUUAGGUAGUUUAGAAAAUGAAUUGAGGGAUCCUCAGAAGUUCAAAGACUUCUAUCAUUUCACAUUUAAUUAUGCAAAGAAUACUGGACAAAAAGGUUUAGAUUUGGACAUGGCGAUUGCUUAUUGGAACAUUGUAUUAGAUGAUAAAUUCAAAUUUCUUCAAUUAUGGUGUCAAUUCUUACAGGAGCAUCAUAAAAGAUCAAUUCCAAAAGACACGUGGAAUUUGUUAUUGGAUUUUGCACUUAUGAUUAAUCCAGACAUGAGUAAUUAUGACGAAGAAGGUGCCUGGCCCGUUUUAAUCGAUGAUUUCGUAGAGUGGGCGCAACCUCGAGUUCGUCAAUCUCUCUAACGUUAUUUUUUUUCCUUAUAAUAAAUUCUGAACACUCUUACACGGUAACUUUAUUUAUUCGAUUACGAAAUGUAUAUUGUUCAAACGUGUUUCAUUGAAACAUUUCUCCAGCGACAGAAAAUCAUCCUUUUUGUAUAGUAUAUGAUUUCAUACAGGAUUAUUGUGUUCAAAGUUUCUGAGUAAAACCUUUGUGUAACAGUGUAAUGAAUUAUAGUAUAUAAUGUAUAGCUUCUCCUUGUAAUAUGCAUUGUCAAACAAUGUACAAUAUAUUGCUUGGGUAGAUAAUGUUUUAUUUGUUGAAACAUUAGAAAGAGAGAAAGCGAGAAAGCGGGAUUGAAAGAGAUAUCUUUUGAGUGUUUGCUUAAGGAGUAAUAGUGCUAUUGUACAAGUUCUAUUUGUGUGAGAACUACUAACCAUAUAGGAUAUGCAAAAUUAUAGCGUGUAAAAUAAUUUCAUUGCGAUCUUUGAUUUAUCUUCGAAGAGAAAAACAAGUAUUGCCUUGUAAUUGAUUAUAUUGUACAAAGUAAUACAAUAAGAUGUUUCUUUACAAAUACAGUAAAAAGUUGCUCAACUAACGUUGAUACGUGCAAGCGGUUUUUUAGAAUCAAGGAAAAAGAAACUUCUUUUAAGAUAAUGCAGCAUUGCAGGUAAAAUUUUGCAAAGGGCGGGAGGUAUAGCUUAUAUGUUCGUGUAGAUAGUGAUUUCUAAUAGUGAUUGAAAUUACAUUGUUGAGAAAUUGUUAUUAAAUAUAUUCUACAAUACUCCGCUGCACACAAAUACACACAUACACACUCGCGAACACAAUAUACACAACACACAAUAUACUUGUAAUAUACACAUGGGAAUAGAAAGAUGAAGAAAUCUGUAUUUUAGACAUUACACUAUUUCUCGGCACUGUUAUACUUAUUUUUUAUAUUCAAUUCAUGCACUGGUGACAGAACAAAAAGAAAACUAAUUUCUUAUUCACAUUAGAAAAUGCAGAAAAAUAUUUAUAUCGUACUUUUGAAACUUUAUAGUAAUUAGGCAAAAAAUAAAAAAAAUUAUUUCUUUACUUUUAUAAAUUCGAACAAUAAUUUUCAUUUCUAAUUGUAUGACAUAGUAUACUGUGUUUGUUCACUGAAUUGAUAGAGCAUAUGAAAAUCACUUGUAAUUUGGCAUGAUUUGAUUCUGUUAUCAAGUUCACCAUGAUUAUUUUAUAUAUUGUUACUUUAUUCCAUUAUUGUAAUCUAAAUUAUCAUAAAAAUUUAACAACGUAUAUUUGUUUCCAUAACGUGCAAGUGAUUUUUACUUAUACGAGAUACGUGGAAAUCAUGCAGAUAUGUAAAAAACAGAUAUAUACUAUUAUAAAUGGAAAGUUAAUUGUUAAGAAAUCAAAAUAUUGUAGCUACUUAUACAUACAAUGUUACGAGAGUGUAAAACAAAACUACUUUCGAGUAAAAUUGUAUCGUCCACACAUUUUUCAUUAUAUUUUAUAAGCGUAAUGAAAAAGCGUAGUCGGAGGAGAUAAAAAAAAUCUCAACAAAUAUAAAUUAAUAUUAAACUUAUUAAUAUGAUAUAGUCAAUAUAUCGCCAAUGGGAUAUGUUUGCGCAAUGCUAAACUCACUCAUAGAGAAAUGUGUGUGUUUUACAAGACAUUCUUUGUUUAAAUCGACGUUGUUUUCGAAGAUAAAUCAAAUUAUUCUCCUAAUAGUUUCAGCAUUGUGUAAACAAUGAAGCGUUUUACUAGCCUUAGAGGGAUAAAUUGUACAUAAUGUAAAUAAAUACAUCGAUCUUAAUCCAUAUACAUACACGCGUCCGGUCUGUUUAAAGGAGGAAACUGCUAAAUGAGUGUAUACUGCAUUUCCUGCGUAUAUAUUACUUACAUCUAUAUGCGUUUAAAUAGAGAACUCUACUAACAACAUGGGCAGGCAGGGUGACAUGACAUCGGCAAUUAUUAUGGGCUUUGGCGUGGUAAUCUACAUAAAAAAUAAGUUUUAUUUGUAUCCUUAUGGCCAGUUAAAAAAAUAUACAUAGGCAUGCGGUAUUAUUAUAUUUUGUAACAACUGUGGCAUUUGCACGAGUGUCUACAGGAAUAUAAGAAAGCUAAUUCGUACUUAUUAGCUUGUAUAUUGUAGCAAUUUUUUAAUACAUCCUGAGUAUACCAGCCGCAUAAUGAUUCCAAUUUAUCGAUGGAUGCCUGCGUCAUAUAUAUUCUCGCACAGUUAUUAGGAAGAAAGUAAUUUGUACGUGUUAUACGUUCUUUAACGUCUAUUUCAGCUAAAAUAUACAUUUUUUUUUCACGAAACUCGCUCACUUACCUGAGCAAUGACUAAUCCACGAUUUGCAUUAUUGACGAUGCUGUGACUGUGCGAAUCGAACAGCGUGACCUAUAGAUAAAAUAAUUUGUCUCUCUA